AUGAAGGAGAGUAAGAGACUAGACGAGUAUGCGGGAAAGAUAAGCGGGAUUGAAGCGAAGUUCAAGAACUUAGGAUCUACUCUUGAAGACGCAACUAUGGUAAGAAAGUUGUUAAAUUUCGUUCCUAAGAAAUAUAUGGAGAUCGUGGCGUCUAUUGAGCAGUACUCGGAUAUCGAUAUAAUGCCGUUUGAAGAGGCGGUCGGGCGAUUGAAGACGUACAAAGAAAGGCUUAAAUCCCAUGAUGACGAAGAAAAUGAUCAAGGCCAAUUAUUGCUUACAAAGGAAGAUUGGGAGGAAAGAACUAGACGGGGUGAUUUUGAUCAACCCGGACAAGGACGUGGUCGUGGUCGUGGUCAAGGUAGAGGUCGCGGUUAUGGUAGAGGUCGAGGUGGUCGGUUCCAAAGCAAUGAAGACCGAAAGGAUCAAGAUCACUUGUGUUAUUUCUUGAGUGUUAUAGUUCAGUUUAAUCCAACACAGCAAGGUAAAAUUAGCCACAACAACAGCGACAGCAACAACAACAAGGAAACAACCGUGGCUGCUACCAGUGCGGAGCAAUGGGGCACAUGA